CCCCUUUCCCCUACACCUGUACAGAGUUUCCAGUGUUCUGCAACAGCGCUCCAUUUCUUCUGCAGAAAAAGGACUGAGCAAAAAAUGGCGGAAAACGAAACUCGAGAUUCACCGCUGUCAUUACCAGAAGAACUGCCUCCUCAGCCUGUCGAACAAGUGACCUCAAUCAAUGGCAACGACGACAACGACCAAUCCAUGGCCGACGCUCACAACCCUAAGGAAGAUUCCGACUCCGACUCCGACUCUGAUACCGAGUCCGAUUCCGAUGACGAAGCUCAACUCAACCUUCAAAUUCAAACCCUAGAAGCUGAGCUGUCCAACAACCCGUCCAAUUACGACGCUCAUGUCCAAUACAUUAGAGCUCUGAGGAAGCAAGGUGAUGUAGAGAAGCUGAGACAAGCAAGAGAGGCAAUGAGUGCCUUGUUUCCAUUGAGUCCUGAGCUGUGGCGCGAGUGGGCUAGGGAUGAGACUACUCUUAGCUCAGGACCUGAAGCUCUUCCUGCAAUUGAGCAGCUUUGUGAGCGUGGAGUGUUGGAUUAUUUGUCUGUUGAUCUAUGGUGUGACUACAUAAAUUUUGUUCAAGAUUAUGAUCCAUUGGUACGCGAAUGUUCCACUAAUGGUAUCUCAAAGGCAAGAAAUCUUUUUGAGCGUGCUGUAAUAGCUGCUGGACUGCAUGUUGCUGAAGGUAGCAGGAUUUAUGAGGCCUAUAGGGAAUUUGAGCAAGCUAUUGCUUUAACCAUUGGAGAAACUGAUAUUGAGUCCAGAGAAAAGCAGGUCCAGCUUAUUCGGAACUUAUUUUUCCGUCAGUUGUCUGUUCCCCUUGCUAACCUGAGAUCAACUCUUCUUACUUACAAAACUUGGGAAGCAGAACAAGGGAGCACUCUUGGGGUUGACCCUAACUCCUUGGAUGGGCUUCCUUCGAAUGUUGCAUCUGCAUACCAGAAGGCUUUGGAUCUCUUGAAUGCUCGUACUCAUUUUGAAGAACAAAUUGCAAGAAAGGAUAUCCCUGAUGAUGAAAGACUUCAAAAGUUCAUGACCUAUUUGAAUUUUGAGCAGUCAAUGGGGGAUCCAGCACGCGUUCAAAUCUUGUAUGAACGUGCUAUAACUGACUUUCCAAUAUAUGCUGAUCUCUGGCUUGAUUAUACUCGCUACCUGGACAAAACAAUUAAGACGUCAAGUACAGUGAAGGCUGUUUAUUCUAGGGCAACAAGGAAUUGUCCUUGGGUUGGUGAACUAUGGGUUCGAUACUUGCUACACCUUGAACGUGUGCAUGCUUCUGAGGAAGAGCUUUCCACUGUUUUUGAGAAGUCACUGCAGUGUACAUUCUCCAGCUAUGAUGAGUAUCUGGAUCUGUUUCUCACUAGAGUUGAUGGAUUAAGGCGGAGAAUUUCUUCAACCAGUAAAACAGAGGACUGUUUGAACUAUGAUCUGAUAAGGGAUGUAUUCAAGCGUGCAUCAGAUUACUUGUCUCCACACCUAAAGAACACAGACAGUCUGUUAAGGAUGUACAGUUAUUGGGCUCGCCUGGAGUCAAAGUUGGGUAAAGACAUUGUUGCAGCUCGUGGUGUCUGGGAGAACUUGCUUAAAAUCAGUGGUUCUAUGUUAGGAGCUUGGGAGGGUUAUAUAGCUGUGGAAGUUGCAGAAGGUCAUAUAAAUGAAGCUAGAUCUCUUUACAAGAGAUGCUACACUAAAAAAUUCUCUGGUACAGGCUCAGAGGAUAUAUGCCAUUCGUGGCUUUGCUUUGAGCGAGAGCAUGGUUCUUUGGAAGAUUUUGAUAUUGCUGUGCAAAAGGUGACUCCUCGUCUAGAAGAGCUACAGUUAUUCAAGACUCAACAAGAGACCAAAUCUGCUGGAUCAUCUGAUCAGAGAGAAACCAUGAAAAAGACUCCACGAGAAAAGAGAAAACUGCAUUCUGAUUUGACUGAGGACCAGUCUCCUGCAAAGCGUCGGAAAAACAUGUCUCAGAACCUGAAGAUGACUAAUGAAAAAGAUCGAGUUGAAGCAGCAGAAUCGGUUGAAAAAAGUAAAGUUGAAGUUAUUUCCACCAAACCUGAAAGUGCAAGCAAGAGAGAAACUAAUGAUCAGUCCCCUAGAAAACCGAAACAUUACAAUGACCAAUGCACUGCCUUUGUUUCAAACAUUGGUGUUCAGGCAACAUAUGAAGACCUGCGUGCCUUUUUCAGUGAUGUUGGUGGGGUGGUUGCUAUUCGUAUAUUAACAGACAAGUUCACAGGAAAGUCAAGGGGUUUGGCUUAUGUGGAUUUCUCUGAUGAUGCACACCUUGCUGCCGCUUUGGCAAAGAACAAGAAGAAUUUACUGGGUAAGAAAGUGAGUAUUGCUAGGUCAGAUCCUCAGCAUAGCAAAAAGAAAGGAACAUUUGGACCUAAAUCCACAUCAAAACAUGGGGUUGGUGACAAUCAAUCUGCCAAUGCUGGACAGUCCGACUCAAAAGAUUCAGCUUCCAGACCUAAGGAGCAUAGUGGAUCUCAGGCACAAGUUAACAGCCAAAAGAGUCGGGAUGAGAGAGUGGAAUUAAAAGGGAAAAACACAUUCGCUGUACCAAGAGCUGUGAGGCCCUUGGGUUGGUCCAGUGAAAAGCCUGGGGGAACAGAGGGUGAUGGAGAUGAGAAGCCUAAAUCUAAUGACGAGUUCAGGAAGAUGUUUCUGAAAAAAUAGACUCAAGAGACUGUAUAUAUCCUGUAUCAUGCCAGCUUUGGUAUUUUUCUUAGAUUAGUUUUUUUUUUCCUCGAUAGGUUUAGUCCUUGCUGACAACUCUGUUUAUGCUAGCAUGCAAGUGAAAGUUUCUUUAAUCGGACAAAUCAAAUCAGCAGGUUGUUCAACUUGAGUAGUUCAAUGUUCUUUAAACCAAAAAAGGUGCAUGAUUUAACUGCUCUGUUCUUGGAAAAACCUGGCCUGUUGGAGUUAUCGGAUCUCUUGUUAACCUCGAAUUGCACAUUAUACUAUUUGUUGUUCUCAGUAAGG